AUGCAACGCUCACAGUCAGCGGUGGAUUUUUCCAACCUGCUGAAUCCUGAGCCCACCACAACAAUCAGCAACGACGGGAAUUCGAAAGGAGACGUCGAUAUGGCUACGGUUACCGUUAUCCGGCCGAACGGCCCUCUCCCUGGUGGCCAGCCCGCCGAAAACACCAAUGAAUUGCCCCGGCCGUACAAGUGCCCUCUUUGUGAUAAGGCAUUCCACCGUCUAGAACAUCAGACGAGGCACAUCAGAACUCACACUGGUGAAAAGCCACAUGCCUGCCAAUUUCCUGGGUGCAGUAAAAAGUUCUCUCGUUCUGAUGAACUCACUCGUCACUCGAGAAUACACAACAACCCGAACUCGAGGAGAGGAAACAAGGCCGGACAGGCCACGCAUCACGGAUUGGGUCACGCACUUACGCCGGAUUCGAUGAUGCCUCCCCCUUCUAACCCAAGGUCUAUAAAAUCGGCACCUAAUUCUACGCUUGUUUCACCGAACGUUUCACCACCUCACUCAUACUCUCAAUACGCUAUUCCGCAUCCAGGACCUUUGCACCAUUAUGGCCGAAAUAUGAGUGGUAAUAGCCCGCAUCCUGGCCACAGCAUGGAUAUUGGCAUUUUGGCCAACGUCUCGAACCAGCUUGAACGCGAGAACAUGGGUGCUCAUCACCACCAGGCGCGACCUCACCCAUACUAUGCCAACAGCGUCCACAACUCUCGAGGCCAUCUUCCUUCCCUGUCUGCUUACCAUAUGACAAGGACGCAUUCAGAUGAUCAUGAUGAUCACUAUUCUCAUGCUCUUCGCCAUGUCAAGAGAUCAAGGCCAAACUCGCCCAACUCCACCGCACCGUCAUCUCCAACUUUCUCUCAUGAUUCUCUAUCCCCCACACCGGAUCACACGCCACUUGCAACACCCGCUCACUCCCCGCGUCUUCGGCCGUAUGCUGGUAUCGAACUCCCGACUCUACGGAACCUGACGUUGGGUCAUACUCCCGCAUUAGCCCCGAUGGAACCACAUCUCGAAGGGGUGGCAUAUCCACCACCCACGCAAACAACCAACAACGGUCCUCGACCCAGCGGCUUAUCCCUUACGGACAUCAUUAGCCGACCUGAUAGUAGUAGGAAAUUGCCUGUACCUCAGGUGCCGAAGGUCGCAGUCCAUGACCUCCUGUCUAAUGACGGUUACAACACCAGCGGCCGAAGCUCAGCAAGUGGUAGUCUUGCAGGUGGCGACCUAAUGGAUAGGAUGUAG